UUCUGUUGUGUAAAAAGAAAAAGUCUGGUGUCGUUUAAAAUUAAUUCGACGUGUGGAUUUGCCAGACGGCCAAGUGAGCUUUCAGGAUUUCCCGGGAAAAAAGGUAUUUGAAGCGCCUGUUUUGUGCUUAGCCUCACCGUGCUAACGCUAGCACAAGCUCGGCGACUCCAACGAUGGCGAAGGUACAGGUGUUAAACGUGGCCGUUCUGGAUAACCCGAGUCCGUUUGGGAACCCCUUCCAGUUCGAAAUAACGUUUGAGUGCAUGGAGGACCUGCCCGAAGACUUGGAGUGGAAGAUCAUUUAUGUGGGCUCAGCAGAGAGUGAAGAGUAUGACCAAGUCCUCGACUCAGUUCUGGUUGGACCAGUACCUGCUGGACGACACAUGUUUGUGUUCCAGGCAGAUGCGCCGAAGACAGGCUUGAUCCCAGAGAGCGACGCCGUAGGCGUCACCGUCGUGCUGAUCACCUGCACAUACCGAGGCCAGGAGUUCAUCCGCAUCGGUUACUAUGUCAACAACGAGUACACAGACCAGGAGCUCCGUGAGAAUCCGCCCAUGAAACCAGACUACACACAGCUCCAGAGAAACAUCCUGGCAUCGAAUCCGCGCGUCACCAGGUUCCACAUAAACUGGGAAGGCUGUGCCGAACGGAUGGAGGACUCUGAGAACGUUGACCCGUCUUCCAACUCCAUGCUGCCGCCGUCCUGUCUUCCUGGCAAAGCCCCACCUUUGGGAAUACUACCGGAGAACUCAAUGGACUGCUUAUAGACGUGUCUCGUUUCAUUUGUUCUUUUUGUGAAGUUUGGAGGGUGGUGGUGGGAGGGGUUCAUUCUAAUGUACAGACUCGAUUGCCUUAUAAUUGUUCUACUCGUUCAAGCGCUUCAAAAAGUGUGGGGAAAUUCCACAUAAUUGGAUGUGAUUCCGUUUUGCUUCCCACCACUCACACACAUGGCAGAUUUGUACCACAUUAAAAAAAAUUACAGCACUGUAGUUGCAUCCAAAAGGCAAUAUUUGCUGUGCAAGUUGACACACUGAUGGGAAAUUGUUACUUUCUCCAUGUGUUUUUUUCUAAUUUGCCAUUCUUUGUUCCAAAUAAAAAUAUGUAUUUGUA